AUGAGCCUUCAAAAAACGGGCAAAUGGGCUUUAACCUAUGACACGCCGCCCAAAUCACUGUCCAUGAAUGUUUUCUUUAUCAGUCAAAGUGGAGAGCAUCUCAAUGGGGAGCCUAGGCAUGAUAACUUAAUUGUAACUUUCCAUGUGUAUGGUCUUGAGUCAGUAUGUGGAGGGUCCCCAGUCCUUCCACGGAGAGUGCGGGUUACCUUUGGGCCUGAGGACGUGAAGGCUACCAAACGGGUCGUUGUGGAGAAGGGCGGCUCGGCGACGCUGCUCUGCUCCGCCAACGGGAACCCCACGCCCACGAUCACGUGGACGAGGGACGUAGACGGCGAUGGGUCGCUGGGGGAGCGCUUGGCGACGGGCGACGGCGAGGCGCGGGUGGCGGUCACAGGGGCAUCGCGGGCUGACUCCGGCAGGUACCUGUGCACGGCCUUCAGCGUCGCGGGAGCCGCGCCGCCCCUCGAAACCUUUGUCGUCGUCAAACAAGCCCCUUGGUCGACCCACAAAGAGAUGGAAGGCGACUCGUGGGCGGCGGCGGGUGGCGAGGGGCGCCUGGAGUGCCGCGUGAGGGCGUUCCCAAAGCCAUCUUUCACUUGGAAACAUAAAAACAACACGACCCUUUCCAGCGGCGACAAAUACGACAUCAGGAAAACGCAGCUGGAGGACGGCGUCGUCGAGUGGUCUUCGGUGCUGUCAGUGAAGGGCGUCGUCCGCGGGGACUACGGCAACUACUCCUGCGUCGCUAGGAAUAUCCUCGGCUCCCACGCAACCAGCCUUGCCCUCGUCCCUCCGCCCACGCCUGCAGCGCCGACCAACCUGACGGUGAGCAGGGCCUGGGAUAUCGCCAUCCCGUUCGGCCCUAUCGGCUUAUUGGCAUCACGAUAA